GGUAACUGAACCAUUUUGAUCUGCGUCAAUCGCCCAUUCGGUUUAGUAUCGUGGCGGUCUUGUCCGCAUUCAUAUCGAGAUGGCCCCGAUUCCACGUGUGUUCUCCACCCGUCACUUGCGUGUCGCGUUGUACACGCUGUGUGCGAUCUUGACCAUUAUCAUUUUAAUCAUAACAUGCCACAAAUGGCAGUUGGAUGGAGAGGCCAAUUUGCAGUGCUUUAUGGACUUCGAGCCAACAAAUCUCCCGAUAGUAGCCGAAAACGAAGUGGAAAGUGAUCUACCAAAGCCCUUGGGCGAUGUGCUGCUCACACAACCGCAACCCAAACCAGGGCGCAGCAUCUUCUUUCUGGAGACUAACUGCAUAUCAGGCACGAAACAUCAUCCACUUGAGCUGACAGCACGUCAGACUUGCGCCAUUGAGUCGGCGGCCAAACACAAUCCCAAUUUUCAGGUGUUUGUGCUCUUCGCCAGUCCCAGAUAUCAACAGAAGGAGGGCGAACAGCCGCUGAUUGAUGCCAUAUUGAGCUAUCCCAAUGUGCAGCUGCGACAGUUGAAUCUAAUGCGAUUCGCUGUCGGCACACCCAUUGAGGAUUGGCUGAAGGAUGGUAAACUCUUCAAAUCGGACUAUCCCAUCGUGCACAUCUCGGAUCUGUUGCGUUUGCUCACGCUAUAUCGCUUUGGUGGCAUCUAUUUGGAUUUGGAUGUGGUGCUGCUGCGUAGCCUGGAGCAAGUGCCUCUGAACUUUGCGGGCGCCGAGUCGGAUACACAUGUCGCGAAUGGUGUGUUAAGCUUAGCUCCCACUGACUUUGGUCAUCAGUUUGCCACAUCGUGUCUGCGUGAGUUUCAACAGCAUUUCGAUGGCGGUGAUUGGGGCAACAAUGGUCCGGGAGUCGUGACACGAGUGGCCAAGAGGAUUUGUGCUACGCAGAGCAUUGAGGUGAUGCAAACGGAUCCGAAACGGUGCAUGGGCUUCAAGGUCUUUAACCGCUCCACGUUCUACGAGGUGGGUUGGGUGGACUGGCGACACUUUUUUGAGCCACAAUACAUGGAGCAAACGCUACAGCGAACGAAGGAUUCACUAUUAAUACAUGUGUGGAACAAGCACUCUCAUCAAAUGCCAAUCAAAGUCGGUUCGGAAACCGCUUAUGGCAAGUAUGCGGAACAAAAUUGUCCCAAAGCGUAUGCAGCCGCUGGGGAAUACUUCUAAAGACUAGAGAAAAUGUCACAAAAUCGAUCAGAAAAAGAUCUCAAAAUGUGUACUUCGCGUCUACUAUAGGGUGUCUCAUUAGGUAACAUCGUUUGCUACUGAGAAUACUUUUCUAUCUCUGUUGUCAUUCCAAGAAAUAGGCUGCUAUAAGGAAUGACAUAUCCGCUGCUUACCAAACGAACAGCAAGUAAAUAUUUAUAAAAUGUGAGUCAUUUGUUGUAACUCACCACAUUCCAAAAAAAAAAAAAAACAA